UUAUUCCAUGUGAUGACCCACUCAAAAUAAUUUGUUUAUGAGCAACUGCUAAAGGGAAAAUGCCCCCACGGACUUUAAACCGUGGAAGCGAAAAGGUUGGACUCGGGGAGAACUCGAACUUUCUAACAGAGGGCGAAAAUGGAAUCAGAUGACACAGUAGAACUUAUCAGUCUUGCAGUCCAAAAGCUCAUAGAAGAGAAUAAGAAGAAGAAGGAUGCCUCUUCUCAUGAUGACCAGCUUCUGCUCUCCAAUUUGCUUUCUCAGUUGGAAUCACUAAGAGACAAGCAGCUUAAGCAAUCUGGAGGAAUAACUGACCCUGAGGCGGUAACUUUGCCUGCCGCUGUUGGUGAAUCAAAGACUGAGGAUGGGGAUGGUGGUCAGCUAGUUGAUGGAGGUGCUAAAAAUGAUAGAGACAAGAUUGCCAAUGAGCUGAGAAAUUUGAAGAGACAGAACUUUAUAACACAUUGUCUUCUUUCAGUUAUGAUUGCUCUCACUGUUUUCUGGCAAUUGUCGGAGGUCAAACUCAUUUUGUGUCUUAAGGAUGGUUUGAGUCACCCAUUUAGAUCUGCAGGAAGAAUGCUCAUGGGGUUCCUAUGGCGCUCGCGAAACAAUGGUCAGGAUGGAGAAAAAAGAAACCUAAUUGAACCUCCUCUCAAAAUUCCGGAGCUACCCCAUAUGAAUUUAUCAGAAUUUCGACUGAAUGGUGAAAAGGCACUGAAUCAUCAGCUUAGCCUUUUGCAUGAUGCUAAGAACUCCCUAAUCGGAGUUCCUCCUCUCACUUAUCUCAAAUUGCCAGAGCUUCCCCAAGUUGAUUUAUUUGAAGAACUUGUGAAUGAUGUUGAAGCUUGAAGAAGCAUCAUUGCAGUGUUUGGUGUUACUUUGUUCAUUAUAUUGUAAGGGUUGCAUUGAAGUGAUGAAAUUUAUGUAUGUCUCUCUUCCUAAUCCAUCAAAUUCUUCGGGAAAGGAAAUGUAUUCCAGUGUUAAAAUACUGUAAUUCAGCUGUUUAUACUGAUUAUUCUGGUUAAAUGUGUUGUCAUAUAAAUGGUUUGGGUUUUUGGUAA